AUGACAAGCAAGAUCAACAACACCAGGGAGCGAUGGAGGCAGCAAAAUGUCAACAGUGCCUUUGCCAGGCUGCGGAAACUUAUUCCCACCCACCCGCCAGACAAAAAACUGAGCAAGAACGAGACACUGAGGUUAGCCAUGAGAUACAUCAACUUCCUUGUCAAGGUCUUGGGAGAGACAGGCCUGCAGCAGACAGCAGUGGCAGCACAUGGCAGCAUUCUGGGGUUCUUCCAGCAACCGCCAUAUUUGCAAAGCAUGGAGGAGCUGACUCUGAUUGAAAACUGCAGUGUCUCCACUCCUGAAAUGAGAAGCACUAUAGUAGAGUGUUGGUCAGAGACGUCAUCUCCUUAG